AUGAAAGAAGGCGUGGAGCAUGAAACCAGCGACGGCAUCAACUGCGACAUCGAGGCUUUGGGUUCCAAUGUCGACCCAAAAGGAGCAGCUUUGAUCGAGCUUAUCGCCCGUCGCAACAACUCCUGUUUCUACGAUGAGAGCCCGCGGUGUGAGUCUGGUGGAAUAGAGCAGUGCAUUGCCGCUCGAGGGGGAGCCUUUGACGAAUCUUCAUCUUCCACGUUAUCAGCGAACAGCAUAGGGUUUCGAGACUUCAGCAGAUUGGAUCCCCAACUGGCUCUGAACGACGACGAGGUACUGGUUAACACAGACACUCUCACCAUCAACACGUCUUUUGCAGUGGAGCAUUAUCCUUUCGGUAUUCCUCGCCAGGACCUCGGAGACUAUUCAAGCUUGGGCUUAGGGAGGGAUUCUAGUUUGCUUACCAUGCUCCGGGAUGCAGGCAGCAUCGCCUCUCGCAGCUAUUCACUUUACUGGGGUCAAACCGGCACCGCCACUGAGCACCAGCUUGAUGGCAACCUUGUUCUCGGAGGCGUGGAUGUAGCCAAGAUCAGUGGUCAGAACUACACCACGGGCCUCGGUGAUGCAACACUAUGUCCUUCGGGCCUCGUUGUUUCAGUCUCGGAUAUGACCAUGAACUUUCCGAACGGAACAUCGGCCAGCAUCAUGGGUGGGGUUUCUGGACAGACAGUCAACUAUUGCAUCAGACCAGACUUUCCGUUGAUCACCGUGACGCCCGCGUUGUGGGAGCAAUGGAUGAUUGCUCAUCCACCAUCAUUCACGGACGGUGGCGCCCAGGACCGAGCCAGAGGGCUACCCAAUCUAUGGGGUCUCAUCUACCCACCAAGCCUCAUAUUUCAGGGAGAUCUCAAGCUCACAAUCGACCAAACCAUGGAGAUCAUCAUCCCCAAUCACCAGCUCGUGCAGCACUAUUACACGUUCGACGACAAAGGAGACAUCAGCGUCAACGACUCCGUCCUAGAGCUAAUGAUCAACCCGUUGCAAGAUGUGAACGAGAAUGACUUCCCACAGCUUGGAAUGACAUUUCUACAAGCGGCGUAUCUGCAUGUCAACUACGACGAUGAUAUUUUGAUGCUGUGGCAAGCAAAGGCCACCGAGUCUCAGUCACCCAUCGGUAUUGGCAAAUCCGGGACGGGGUGUGCUGCAUUUCCCACGGAUACAUCAUCGGCGACUUCUGUACCACAGCCGCAGAGCAAUUCGCUCACACCGGGCGCUAUAUCGGGCAUCGUGGUUGGCGUUGUGGUUGCGAUGAAAUUUAUCGCAGGAAUGAUUUUUUGGGGCAUCGCUCGACGGCGUCAUUCUUCAGAACUUAACGCCACACGGAAGGCUUCUGACCAUUCUGGUGGGGAUGGGCACACCAAAUGCUCAUCAAUAUACCGUAAACCAGAAUUGGAGGCAUCGGAAGUGAUUGUCGACGGUGGGCAACGUCAUACAAUUCAGCCAUGGUCGUCAGGUCAGAUAGUGGUGGAACUACCUUCUGAGAGGUAUGAUUGA